GCACUUUUGGGUCACAAGAAAUGCGCUGGGUUUGCUAAAUAUUAUUCUGACGUUGAAGUGGUCCGCAUGUUGGUAACAUGAAAACAUAGUUAGUUGAUGAUCCGUAAAAUCGUGAAGCUUAGACGUGUUACUAGAGCAAGAGAAAGGAUAAUUUCUCUUGUUACUGAUUCAGUAACUGUCCAGGCAAUGGUUCUGGAUAAUUUAUCUACUGUUGUUGGAAUAGCCACCGAUGAAGUCUUAAAAAAUCAAGGGUAUCCAGAUUCAGUUGAAAAAGCCAUACUAUUUUUCCUAAAGUGUUCAUUGAGCAAGCACAAGUGCACUGACCCUUUUAUUCACAAUUUGUAUGAAGAAAGUCCUGAACCUUUGUUUAAACUGCAGUCAAACGAGUCUGGUGAUGGAUUACAACAGCACCAGGAAUUUUCAGUGUUUUCCGAGAAUUUGUCCUUGUUCGACAUAAUCAAUGCAUUUGUGUAUACUUUGUCAUCAGAAGAUAUUCUGGCUCUAGAUAAAGCCUUGAAGUUUGGCCGUGGUUAUUAUUGUCUUAUGAAAACUCCAUCCAGUUUUCUGAAAUCAGUGAAUUUCCAAAGUGAUUCAGUGAAGCUUUCUGAUUGUGUACAUAGUAGUGAACAACCUGAGGAAUCAAUGGAGAAAUGCAAUAAAUGCAUCAUUCGUAAUUUUCGUCCAUUAAAUCCAUGUUCGAGGUACAUGGUCGGCCUAACGUGUUCACAGUGCGGGACUUUCAGGUCGAAAUGGACUAAACACGACUCUCCGCCUCCUAAUAAUUAUAUUUCAAAGACCUCUGUAUGCUGUAUUGAUCUUUUACUUGCUGUUUGCAAAGCGUGGAGGUGGGAGGAUUUAAGCCCUGGUGAUUACCUCAGACGGAUUGGACCUUGCCAGUUUUCAGAAAAGCAUACAAACUCACAAAUUUGUUUAAAUCCCUAUCAUUGGAGUCGAGUACUUAUUCAAGAUAAAAUUAAUGAAAAAGUUCACUGUUCAAGAUAUUCUUCAGAUCCAGAUAUUGUUUGUCUGGGAUUAAAACAUAUUAAUCAUCCAAAUUGUAGUAAUCAUGAAUCUCACGUUAAGGGACUCAAUACUGGUUCAGAAUAUUCUAAGGAUAUGAUGUCAUUAUUAAUACCACCGUCUGCAUUAUCUUCGUUGUCAUCAUCUUCAUCGUCAACAGAAUCGACAUCUGCAGAAACACAAAUCUCAUCAAUUCGGAUGGAUCAAUCAUAUAAUUCAGUUGUAUCAUAUGAUUCAAUUACAAAUAAUUCUUCAGCUCCGUUGCUUACCAAUCAUGAUACAUAUGCCAAAACAAAACUGACUUACUGGUCACCUCAUUUUCUCCAUAAAAUGCAACAAAAAUUGCACAUGAAUGUAAUGAAUUCUGUUUCAUCUUUAACCAAGUGGAAGAGAUUGAGAGACAAUACAAAUUUUACAUUAUCUACUUACUUGGUUCCAUCUAAAGAUUUCAAUCAUACAACACCACCACCAACAACAACAACAACGACUACUACUACUACGACAUCUAUAAGUAGUUUUGAUGAUGAAAUGCAUAGUUGUAGUUUCAUAUUGUCUUCUAAAAACCCUAUAAAUGAUAAUUCUUUACAAAAUUCUAAUCUACACUUUAACCGAUUCAUUUCUAACAGCGAUCAUUCUGUUACAAUAAAUAAUGAAAAAUCUGAUUUACAUAGUCGUCUUUCUUCCCCCUCUCCUCUACAUUACCUUAAACCGUGGGCAAAUAUUUCCUAUUGGGAAUCACAUCAUCAUGUUGGACGUAGAUGGUAUCAAAUUACAAAUCGUAAAUUAAACAUUGUCUACAAUGAUGUUAAUAUUAAUGAUGAUGAUCAUAAUAAUAAUGAUGUAAAGGACAAAUUAUAUUCAUCUCCGAAACAAGCACAUAUACAUAAGAAAAAUCAUUCAAAUUAUAGGAGUAAAUCUCAAAAUGAUUAUAUAUAUUUAUCUUUACUAACUUUAUAUCAAUCAAAUCAUGUAAAAUAUAAUUGUAAAUCAGGUUGUAAUAGAAGUAGUAAUAAACUUUUCAAGAAUAAUUCGACCACUCCCUCUAUUACUUGUCAUACGAAUAGGAUUAGUGGUAAUAACAGUAGUGUCAUCAGGUCAUCUUCAAAACAAUGCAAAAAGUGUUAUAAUUAUGUGGAUUCAUUCAACGAUACAUCUCUUACACCAAAUUUAAUUGUUCAUUCAUCAAUGUAUAAAUCAUCUUCUGGUUGGAAACAAUGUUGUCGUUUAGGCAGCCAGGGUAUUUCGCUUACACUUACCACUUAUGGUUGUGUAUGGUUAAGUAAUCAAGCGUUGGCUACAAACCUACCUAUAUUUGUAUCAUCACCGUGUUUUCAUUUUCAUAAUGCUAAUUCUUCUUCCUCUUCUUCUUCAUCGCUUAAUAGUAGUGCUGAAGACUUUUUUGUUGAUAGACCUGUAUACCGUGUACCAGCUGGUUAUUCUUUAUUGGUUUUCGAUCUUUCAUCUUACGAAAACUGGUUGCAACAACAUUCUUCUUCAUCAUCUUCGGCGUCAUCAUCAUCAUCUUAUCGUCAGUAUUCCGGUAACAACCAUAAUGGCGACAACAACAAUUUAAGUUGUAAUAGCAAUAAUAGUAAUAAUAUAGAUUUUGACGAGUUGCAAAAAACUCAUUUGUGGGCAAAAAACAACAAUCUAUGCAAAAAUCCGAUUAUACAUAUAAGUUUAGGUAAAGGUUGGGGACCAUCAUAUCGUCGACCAGAUGUUACACAUUGUCCAGCACGUUUAGAGGUGUGGAUUAAUUUAGAACAUCUGUUUCCUGUAUUCAUUUCAAACAAAUAAGAUAUUGUAAAAAAUAAUUUUCUUUCCCGAUAUCAUCUUCAUUAUCUAUUCUCCCUUUUUUGCUUAUUUUUCUUGUUAUUAUUGUGAUUUAGUGAAAAAUAUGUAUAUACAUAACAUGUGUAAAUAGUAAGGAACCGUUAUGUGCCACCUAACUAUUAGCAUCUUGUUUGUGAUCAGUUUUUAUGCUACUCGAUUAAUACUAAUUAUAAUGAGUAAAACGUAGUAUUGAAUAAUUGCAGAAGUGUUUUCACAAUAUCUGUACUGUGAUAUAUGUAAGCCCUUAUUCUCUUCAUUUUAACUAAUACAGUAAGAAUGAUUACGUUAGCAUUUGUGAAUGUGUCCUUUUUUACUUGAUGAUCUCAUGUAUAUUCUUUGCAUACUUAUGCAUUUUACUAAGUGAUUAGUUUUUGUAUUAUAAAAUUUCUGAGCAGUAAAGGUGUUUUUUUAUUUAAUUUUUGGGAAAGUUUGGACGUGUUCGACGAGUAGUCAAUGUAAAGGUUUACUAUUUUAGAAUGUAAAAUUGUGUAAUUUACAACUUAUUUUUGUGUGCCUUAUUUCGACCAUUAUCGUAAAAUAAUUAUGGAUAUAUGGAUCGUUGAGGCUGAUGACAGAGAAGACAUGUUGUUUUUUUAUUUUCAUACUUCUAAUUAGGCUUUGUGACUUGUUUUUGAGGUGUAUUUUUAAUUCAUCUUCAUUUCCAGUCCAUAAAAAUACUGUCUUAUUCAGCGGAUGGUUCCUACAUAGUAGUAUUCUUAUUUUCCUCAAACCACAUACUGUAUUACAUAAUCAAACUGUUAUCACUAAACAUUGUGUAUUCUUGGCAAGUGUGAUUGUAUACUUAAAACUGAUGAUAUUCUUAUCUCUACACCUUCAUUGAGAAUUGAAGUCAACAAUUGUGUUAGAUUUUCUCCAGUAAGAAGACCAAUUUAAAUAGUUUCCUGAAUAAUGGAAGUGUUUAGUC